AUGGACUUCAUUACCAAGCUGCCGCUAUCCACCGACACCGCCACAGGAGUCAUGUACGACAGCAUCCUAGUGAUGGUGGAUAGGCUGACCAAAUGGAGUUACUUCCUGCCAUACAAGGAGACAUGGUCAGCAGAACGGCUUGCGGACGUGAUCUAUCGAAACGUCACUUCGGUACACGGAUGGCCGAAGGAAUGGAUCACGGACAGAGACACCAGGUUUGCAUCCAAAUUCUGGCAGGCAUUGAUGACCAAGCUCGGUACCAAGAGUAAGCUAUCAACGGCCUAUCACCCCCAGACGGAUGGACAAACCGAAAGGAUAAACCAGAUCGUGGAACAAUAUCUGAGGAAUUAUGUCAACUUUGAACAAAGCGAUUGGGUAGACCUACUACCAACGGCACAAUUGGCAUACAAUACCGCACCUACAGAAACCACGAAGGUGACACCUUUCUUCGCAAACUACGGAUACGAGAUGGAACAAUUGGAAGGACCCGAUUCAAAUGUUCCCAGAGCCUCAGUCAAAGCCCAAAAACUGCACAUGCUUCACGAGAAACUCAAGAACGAGUUGGAAUUCGUGCGCCAGAAGAUGGGCCGCUACUACAACCAGAAAAGGCUCGAGGGACCUCGCUUUAAGGAGGGGGAUAAAGUCCUCUUAUCCACCAGGAACCUUAGGACGAAGCGACCCAGCAAAAAACUCGAUGAUCGACGAGUGGGACCUUUCAAAAUCAAGAAGAAAAUCUCGGACGUAGUGUUUCAACUGGACAUUCCCGACACCAUGAAGCUAAGAUCACACUCAUUCCACGUAUCGCUGCUAGAACCCGCACCAAGAAACGCUAGGAUCAAUACCAGUGUCAGCAUCGAGGACGAGGAAGAAGAAUGGGAU